AGGUCCGCGCGCGGCGGUAACGGUUCCGGCCGAGAGGGCAGAGCAGCUCGAGACGGCCUGAGGGGCAGCGCGUGACCUGUAACUGGAUGGAGUUAGACUUGGAAAGAUUUUGAUUGAGGAAAUUUUGUGCGUGGAUACAAAUUUAGCUUUGUUUUCUCGACAAUAAAAACAAACUCAAAUUGUGAAAUUUGAUCUGAACAGGAUUCCUUCAACUGCCAAAAUGAAUUCUGCUCACAGCAUUGUUGCUUCAGAAAGCCUGUUUGACCUGAACUAUUUUUCAUGGGAUAUCCGCUGCAUUACAUUGGCUGCUGGCUUUCUUUUCUAUUUGGGAGUUUUUAUUUUUUCACACUUGCUGUCAUUUGCACUGUCUACUACCUACUGUGCUUUAGCAGCAAAGCAAAAGACUUUCUGGAACCUGGCUGCCACUCGUGCUGUGUUUGGUGUCCAAAGUAUAGUUGUAGGUCUUUGGGCUCUUCUUGUCGAUCCAGUCUUGCACACUGAUAAAAUACUAGGUCAGCAGAACUGGAGUUGGUUCAAUAUAUUAAUAGCAGUUGGCUUCUUCCUAUUUGAAAAUACAGUCUUUUAUGGGUCCAAUAUAAUUUUCAGAACAUUUGACGUUGCCCUGGCUGUCCAUCACUUUUUUGCUUUUGUUGGAUUUGCUUGUGCUAUCAUAUGGGACAGAAUGGGCCACUAUUUGCCUAUGGUUACUCUACUGUUGGAGAUGAGUACUCCAUUCACUUGCAUUUCUUGGAUGCUUUUAAAGAGUGGCUUUUCACAUACCUUGUUCUGGAAAGUUAACCAGUGGUUCACGAUCCACAUGUUUCACUGCCGUAUGAUCCUCACCUAUUACAUGUGGUGGCUGUGGUGGCAACAUUUGGAAAUAUUUCGUUCCCAGGUACCAGUGAUACCGCACCUUGUGUUCUUUUCUGGGCUUUUCCUCCUGACUUUCAUAAUUAAUCCCUUUUGGACUCACAAAAAAACAAUGCAGCUGCUUAAUCCGGUUGACUGGAACUUUGACGAGAAAGCAAAUGGGAGGAUGAAUGAGAAAGAAACCAAAGCUGCGAAGAAGAAAACAUAAUGCAACUGCCCAAAGGUUUAAACUUAUUUUUCCUUUUAUAAAUGUGCAGUAAGUCAGUUGCUUUGUUCACAGGAUUUUGAGGUGAUGUUAAAAUAACACUGGUGGUUUGUUACCCUUGAAUCUGUUCACACCCUGCUGUCUGUGGAUUCCUUUGUAGAACUGAGAAGCUAAGGCCACCUAUUCUACUUUGUGUUAGUAGAAAUAUUGUUACUUAAAAUAUGAAGUAUUGAAUGAUGGCAAGUGAUAUUUCAUUGGUUGCUAAAUUUGCGCUUUAACAUUUGUCUUAUAAGCGAAGGUAAAUGUUUUUGGUGUUGAAAAAAAUAUAAUAAUAAUGUGGGUACUCAAUCAACGACUGUU